AACAUUCAUACAUUUAAUGUAGAUAAUCCAAAAUGUACAUGGCAAAUGUUGUUUUUAAAGAAAAUUCUGUACACCUGUGUUAGACAGUAAGACCAACACCAAAGAAUAUUACUCCACCAAUGAGAGGAAUACAUAGUCACAACACAAAUUCUUGUUGCAUUGGGGAAAUAAACCCUCUACUUUAACAUUGUUUUUCUUUAUCUUAUCUUUUCCUGGUGCUGCAGUAGUAAUACGCUUGAAGUUAGUUAUUAGCAGUGUACAUUUACAUUGUAAAGAAUAGAGGGCAAAUCAGAAUUGUUCAAACGAUUGUAGCAAAACAACGACCGCGUAUAAAGUUUUAGAUUAACAUUAUCAAGUUCAACAUUAUCGAGUCAAGAUGAAGAAGAAGGUCCUUUUAAUGGGUAAAAGUGGCUCUGGGAAGACCAGUAUGCGUAGCAUUAUUUUUGCAAAUUAUAUUGCUCGUGAUACUCGUCGUCUUGGAGCAACAAUUGACGUGGAACAUAGUCAUGUAAGAUUUCUUGGUAAUUUGGUGCUAAAUCUUUGGGACUGUGGUGGCCAGGAAGCAUUUAUGGAAAAUUAUUUUGCAUCUCAACGGGAUAAUAUAUUUAGGAACGUUGAGGUUUUAAUCUAUGUUUUCGAUGUUGAGUCAAGAGAAUUGGAUAAAGAUAUGCAUUAUUAUCAAAGUUGUUUAGAAGCAAUACUGCAAAACAGUCCAGAAGCAAAAAUAUUCUGCCUAGUACAUAAGAUGGAUUUGCUUCAAGAAGAUCAGCGCGAUGUGAUAUUUAGGGAGAGAGAAGAGGACUUAAGAAGGCUUAGUUUACCCCUUGAAUGUACUUGUUUUAGAACUAGUAUAUGGGAUGAAACUUUGUAUAGGGCAUGGUCUUCUAUUGUGUAUAUGUUGAUUCCCAAUGUGAAAGAACUUGAACAAAGUUUGAAACAAUUUACAAAUAUUAUUGACGCCGAUGAAGUCCUACUGUUCGAAAGAGCAACAUUUUUGGUAAUAAGUUAUUGUCAGAGACAACAUCAUAGAGACGUUCAUAGAUUUGAAAAGGUUUCAAAUAUAAUAAAACAAUUCAAGUUAAGUUGUAGCAAAUUAGCGGCACAGUUUCAAAGUAUGGAAGUUAGAAAUACCAAUUUUGCGGCAUUUAUCGAUGUAUUUACGUCGAAUACAUACGUAAUGGUUAUUAUGUCGGAUCCUGCAAUUCCAUCGGCGGCAACGCUAAUUAAUAUCCGUAAUGCUCGAAAGCAUUUCGAAAAAUUAGAGCGUGCUAGCCAAAGCUCGGCAUUGAGUAGAUAGAAAUCAAUUCGACCCAGGCGCGUUGUCACCCGGGUCCAAGCUAUUAUGCAUUAUUGAAUCUAAGAGUGACUUUGGAUUCAAGUCACCAAGAUGAGAGUAUGAUUGUACAAGAUUUUCUUAUUUGUCUAUCACGAAUUAUCAAUAAGUUUCUUAAUGAUUUAUUAACAUCAGCAUGCAACUACUAACAUAGACAUAGGCAAAAAUACAAAAUUUUAAUAAACUUUCUAUUACAAGUACCUAUACUUUUGACGAUACAAAAUCGAUAGCAAUAGUUACGUGAAGGUACCAAGAACUGCGUGAAUUAACAAUAAACGUAAAACAUAAGUCAUCUGAGAAUUCAAAAGUUUGCGUUAAUCAUAACGUAAUGUAUAAUUCUUUUCUAUUCUGUGUUGUAGAAGAAUGCUCUUUAUCUUGAUUCUUAGAUCAUUCAUGGUUCCCUGGGUGAGCUAUUUUCCUGGUUCCAUGUUGUAUGUUUCAUUUUUGUACAGCAAUUUUUCUGGCCUGUCUCAAAGAUGUAUAUUUUCUUACGUUAUUCACUUAACAUAAUAAUAUACUAAUUGUAAGGAUCAUAUUCAAUUUCAAUGAAGAUUAAUUCAUUGCCAUUUUUGUCUGGAUUUAUGUAAAUGUAAAAGAUAUUGAAAAUUAUUAUUGUUAUUAUUAUUAUUAUCAUUAUUAUAAUUAUAAAAGAACAAAUGUUGAAUUUUUAUGAAUUUAUUUACGGCUGUAUUUAGUAUGAUAUUUGAAAAGAUAAAAAGUGUUGUAAUAUGAAUUUGUGCUUAAACAUGUAUACUUAAGCUGUAUUUUAUAUAUGUACAAAUAAAAAAUGUAAAAAAGCA